GAUGAUAUCCUGAUAACCCUGAGGCCGUUCAGCUGGCAGAGGACUAAAUGGUGGCAUUUCAACGAGGCAACGAAGCAGUAUCUUUUAUUAUCUCUCUUCUCUCUCUCCACCCACUGUGACUCAUUCCCCCCCAGUUCCUCCCUGUUUUGGCUCCGCCCUAACCCUUCCCCGGUUCAGGGGACCCCUCCCCUUUUCUAUUCCUCCUGCUCCCCCUGUCUCCCUCCACUCUCCUCCCCAGGUUGGCAAGACCACCCCUAUGAGUGUGGUGGGGAAGCCUGGGCUGGCCUGUCGAAGCAGCGGGGAAGCUGGGCACUGCCAGGAUCGAUGUCCGGUGAUGGAGUUAGAGCUGCAUAUAUUUCCAGUUCAGAAAUAUAUGCAGCUCCAACAGAUGAAAGCCAUAACAGUGAUGAUAGAGGAAGAGGGAGGACAAGAGGAAGGGGUCAUGGCAGAGGUGCAGGGCAGAGGAAGAGGCAGAGCCCGGGGGAGGUGUAGGGGAAGAGCAGGAGCUGAUUAUGUCACGGAAGAGGACAGACUCCGGGUCACCCAGCUGACUGCUGCCAGGACAGCAGAGAUGCAGAGAGAAUUGCAACAACUGUCCCAGGAAGAGAGGGAUGAAGUUCUGCAGAUGGUGGUCACACGUCUGCUAGGGGUUUUUCUGGACAUUAUGGAUUACCGGAGAACAACAACAGGAGCAUAUGGUGGUCACACAUCUGCAAGGGGUUUUCUGGACAUUAUGGAUUACGGGAAAACAACAACAGGAGCAUAUGUUCAAAACAGGGGACAACCUGCAUGGUGCACCUGCCUGAAGUACCGGCUUAUGCCGACAGAUUUAGAAAAUAAAUGUUGUGGUCAAAUCCAGAGAGGUGUCUCAGCAGGAAGGCCUAUAUGGAACUUUAUUGUUGGCUAG